UCGCUACGUUUUUUUGAGAGAAAACGUGUUUCAUAAUUCUGAAUCAAGAAAUUUUUUGAAAUAUUGAACUAUUCGCAAAAGAUUUACUUAAGGCACAUGCUAAGAUAAUCAGUAUAGAAGUUUUAUUUGGUUAUUCAUGAACAAGAAAAUUCACUAUUUAUUUAUGACUUCAAUAAUUAUUAGGCUAUCAUUUUAAUGGUCAGUAGAAUAAAUGAAAUGGUCAGUAAGCAAAAAAAUUAUAAAAUCAGUUCAAUAAAUGAAUGGUCAGUAAAAUAAAUGAAUGGUCAGUAAAGUAAAUGAAUGAUCAGUGAAUUGAAUGAAUGAUCAGUAAACUAUUUAAAUGGUCAGUUAUUAAAAUAGUUAGGCUCUUUCAGUAUAUUUAAAGAUCAGUAAAUUGAAUAAAAUGGUAAUUAAAAAAAUCGAAAUGUGUGAUAGUGUGAUUCACUUAUUUUUCUUUCUUUCUGUCCUUCUACUAUGUCGUCCAGAAGAUGCGUACGGUAUAUAUUUAUCUAUUCGUAUUCUUUGGUUAUAUCCUUUUGUUCACAAUCAGGUGCGUCAAAGAGUAACAUAGAUGGAAGUAACACAAGUUGAUCCAUAUGAAAAUGAAACAUCUGAUGCAGAAACUAUAGAAGAAAAUUAUGGAAUAAAUGAAAAAAUGAAAAAAGAAAUAAAAAUAAAAGUUUUGAUUAAAGAAGCUACAUAAGAUAAUCUGGGUGAAGCAGAAGCAUCAAUACAAUGAUUCGAUUUUCAUUCUCUUUUAUGAAACACGAUCUGAAAGGAGUGUUAAAGUGUUUAGGGGUAGAAAUUUGCAUCACUCCUCCCCACAGACCGUGACAGACAUUUUAAUUAAUUAAUUACUAUGUGGUUAACUAAUUACCCAUCACAGAUAGGACUCAGGAUCAUUAUAGACUGUGAGAGAAGGCUUCAAGGAAAAAUCAGAGAUGAUGCAUAAGUAACAUAUGAUUGAAGUAUAUUCACUGUCUUUAUUUAAAUUUAUUUUUUGUAUAUCAAAUUAAUCUUGAUGAGAAUAAAACUUACUUUUUCUACUGAUAAAAUCUAGUUUUUUUGCUGAUCAAAUUUGAAUUUUUACUGACCAGAUUUGGAUUUUUUACCGACCAAAUUUUGGUUUUUUACUGACUAAAUUUGAAUUUUUUACUGAUCAUUGUAUAUAAAGAACUGACCAUUUUUUAAUUAAUUACCGACCAUUUUGGUACUGACCAUUUAAUAUUCACACUGACCAUGUGCCUAUUUUUUUACUGACCAUUUCAUUUAUUUUACUGACCAAAAAUUAUGUUCCCUAAUUAUUACCCUAGUGAAUAUACUCAUUAAGAGAGUAUUCAAAAAGUACUCAUGCUAGAAAAUGCCGCGAGUACUCAUGAGCACUAAUGAAUUUUGAGUACACAUUAGCAGUACUCGUGCUAGAAUCUGAGUAUCUGAGGACGACUAUUGAGUACUUUCCGUGCAAAAUUGUACGUUCUACGAGUACUCGUGGUACUAGUUGUGUGUAUUUCACUUGUUUUCUCUAGAGUACUCAUGGACUUAUAUUCUUUCAGUAUUGAUAUACUAUAUACAGUUUGUCGAUUUAACUUAUUAAUUAUUUAUUAAUAAGAGAAUAUGAAAAGUUGAAACACAAUAACGAUACAAUAUAUUUAUAUUCUUUUAAUAAAGUUUAGCAGCACACUUUCAAUAUUAAAGAAGUGAACAAAUAGAAAGCGAACUAUGGAACAAGAACAACAUAAAAUUAAUAACUAGCAAUAAGUAAAAACUUAUUCAUGAAAUUAAGAUUUACUUUAAUAUUAAAUGCACGCUGUAAACCAUUAGAAAAAGAGCGAUAGGCAUUUUUCAACUAACAAGGCGAGUUCAUUAAAAUUUAUAAAAAAUUUCGUAAUAAACAAAUAAAGCAUUCGUAUUAGGAUGUCUUCGUUGUUUUCAUAUCAAAUUCUAUUCAACUUUAAGAAAAACAGUAUUGUUCUUAUUUUUAGUUAAUUUUUAUUACUAAUCUGAAAAUCUUGUAUGCAUUAAUCUAAAGCAAUAUUUUAUCUACAAUUUGUAAAGGAUAAUUAAAUGAAUUUGUAUUUACACUUUUGAGAAAAUGUUCAAUCAUACUCGUAAAGUGAACGGCUAAAAAUGAAAGUAGUUUUUCUUCACUUCUUUAAAUGUCCAUUCAUUGUAGACGCAUGUAUGACCCAUAAGACAAUAUGCAGGAUAGGAUUGGAUACAAUAAAUCAAUUAUUAAAAUAAUAUGACUCUGUUUUGUAUUUAUUAAAUUAUCUUUUUCCCCAAAUCAAUUUCAUUUUUAUAUUUGUUAGUGCAUUCAUGUUUUGUUGUAUUCUUGCGAAAAAAUGACGAUGAGUACUACCCAGAGUACUCAUCUACUUAUCUACGAGUAAAUCUUAUGGGAAUCACUCAUAUGAGUACUCGCUAGAGUACACGAACAAUAAAACUACGUAUAAAAUCUAUGUAGUACUUACAUGAGUAUUUUGAGUACUCAUCCUGGGAACUCGUGCUCGCUUGAUGAAUAUUUUCACUAGGGUAGUAUAAACUGUAGCUACUGCAUAAUGAUUGAUACUCUUUAUAAUUCUACUGAAAUAUGACUUAAGUUCAUGCAUCAUUGAUGUAAGCGUCAUUUUUCAAUUAAACAAAUUAUAUUUAUAGUAGAAAAGUCCCUUGGUAAUGUUAUUGGAUAAAAGGAUUACGAAUUUACGUGGACAAAAAUUUAUAAAGUCAAAAAAGAACAAUAAAAAAAGGUUAAUUUUAAUUAUGUGGAACUCAUAUAUAUAUCUUCGAAGAAAAUAGUGAGUGUAAGUCUUAUGUCGAGAUUUCUGCGGCUCUCCUGCUUGCCCCCUUCCCAUGACAGACAUUAAUAAUUUAAUAAUAAAAAAAUAACAGUUCACUAUGCUACAGAAAUCUGAAGUAUUCUACAGGUUUUAUAUAAAAGUCAGUAUCUAAAUUUUGUUGUUUGACUUAUUUAAAUAUCUAAUCUUUGAUCGUGUUGCGUACAAAAGUCCAAGUUUAAGAUGUUGAUAACGAUCAGGAAUAAUAGGCCGAUAUGCAAUAAUUAUCAUGGAAGUAACGAAAACGAUAAAAUAUUAUGAACUAGUAAGUUAAAUUUAAGUGUAAUCAAUAUUGAUUACUAUGAAUUGACCAAGAUAUAUAUUUGUCGCCCAUAUAACUAUGGAACGCAGGAAAAAUGCAUUUAAAUGCAUUUGGGCGCAUUUAUUAAAUAAAACACGAAAUAAACGCGUUCCAAUGCACUUAUAAGUGCACCUAGAUGCAUUACAGAGCUGAGCGCGUUGCAUUUCUGGAAAUAUAAGAUGUGAUUAAAUGCAUCUAAAGUCAAUAAUGAAAAUCGGUUUUCCUUACCUAAAACCUGUAAAUUACUCACUGAGUCAGUAAUAAGCUGUUUGAGAGAGACAUUUUACGUCCAUGGAAAAAUGAAUAAAUGUUUACACGAUGGUAAUGAAGAAAUGAGACUGUCUAUGAUUUAUUUUGAAUGAGUUGCAUUCUACUGCAAUAGUCUCAAAACAACACUGAAAUGAAGAUAUCUCAGAGGAACGCUAGAAUAUAACUUGUAUAAAACGGCUUCAGGAUCUAUCAAGUCUAAUAUAAAAGAAGAAGGUUAGGAAUUUCCGUUCAUGAGAGAUCACUUCAGGAAUUGAAUAGUUUUAUUUUUAAAUCUAUUUAUUUCACUGUGCCAUGUUGUACCUGAUUCACAGUCAAGGAAUUGAAUAGUUGUGAACAAUAGUCCUAUCAAAAAUAUUCUGUAAAAUGCGUUAAAUAAAAUCGUUCAGUCGUAGCUGAAACUCUAUUUGCUUGAGAUUUAUUUAGAACAUGGCAUUCAUGCAGACAAGUUUAGGUCACUAUCUAUAAUGGAACUCCGAAUUUAUGUGUAUCAUAUUGUCGUAGACAUAGAAGUGAAGUGACAACUCGUAAAAGGUUUUGGAUAUUUUUUAUAAAGAUCGGAAAACAUGAUUCACCGAUACUUGUGCAUUUACACUUUGUGGACUACGCUUCGAUCGUUUAACUUCAAAUUUGAUUUCAAAAAUUCUAAGUUUGUUCCUAGUUAGCGUCAUAUUUGAAGGUCAAUGGCAAAUAUUCACUUAUUCAUUAAGUUCCUAUGAAAGUCAGUUUUUGUAAGAAAUCGCAUAACUUCACGUUCAGCUCCAAAUUAUAUGUUAAAAGGAUAGAAAAUGAAAGAAAGAUACACAGAGAAGCAGAACAUACGCACAAUGAUCAUGUGGCCGAAUGGCUUCAAUUUUUCAAUGGUUGCUGAUUCCUAGGAUAAAUUCUACUCACGCAUAUUGUGAAUGUGGCUGUACGCUAUAAGUAAAACUUCUUUGGUAUUAUUUGCAUGUGACUAGUCUGCAUCGAUAUACAUUUGAUAAUCGAUGAGUUUUGUUCAGAGUAAUCAGGUAACAAGAUUUAACUUUAGUAUGAUAUUGAUGUGAACUAGUAAGUGAACUUCAUAAAAUUAUAAACAAUCUUAGGCAAAUUUCACAGAGAAACGAUAGAGCAUACUCGAAACAGAGUGUUAUGUGAUGUCAACAGCUUUCUGCUCUCACUCAAAAUUGUAGAAAGAUUUCGACUGAUCACAACUGUUGUAGUGCUCGGUUUUUCUUGACGCUUGCUACACUGAGGCUUGCAUAGCCGUCCAACAGGAGUAACAAUUUCUAUAUAAGUAUAGCAUGAAUUCGUAUAAAUCAUAAUGAUAUUUGUCUUCUUUUAGAUGAGCCAAACCAACCAGCUGAUGAUUCCAAAUCAGAAGAUGAAUCAAACCAAUCAAUUGAUGAUUCCGAACCGAAAGAUGAACCUACAUCAAAAUCAGGUGAUCUUCAUCCGAAUGUAACCGAGGCUAUGUUAUUCGACAAAUUCUCAAAUGCUGGACUAAUUUUAUCAAUUCGUGUCUGUCGUGAGAUGAUUACGCGACGUUCACUUGGCUAUGGUUACGUCAAUUUUCAACAGCCAGCUGAUGCUGAACGUGCACUUGAUACAAUGAACUUUGAUUUACUUCGUGGUCGUCCAUUACGUAUAAUGUGGUCCCAACGUGACCCAGCUUUACGUAAAUCAGGUGUUGGAAAUGUAUUUAUUAAAAAUUUGGAUAAGAAUAUUGAUAACAAAUCACUCUACCCAUGUAAAAAAAUGUGCCAAAAAGGAACUUAG